GUUUCGUGCCGCAGCUUCGUGAGAAAGCUCCCUCCAUCCAGGCGUUGCAGGGAGUUCUUCAAAAAAUUUGAAGAAAGCUGCCAAUGGCAGUGGAGACGCGGUAGGACAGUUUUGCUGCCGAAAGCAUACAUUAAUCUGAAGGCCGCCCGCAAGCUGAGGAUCAAGAGGUCUUCCAGGUUGGGACAGAGAGGGGGACAAGGGUCCUUCUCUAGAAUGAUUGAUCAUCCUGACAAGGAAGGGUGCUGCAGACUGACGGCUUUUCCACCUUGCGUAGAUGGUAAAGCUGGCCCCACGUAACUUUGAAUUGUAGUGAAGGAGGUUGGUCCAUCAAUCGUUUCUCCUCCUCCUAGGUGCAACAUUGUCAACUUAGUUGGCUCGUAAUUUGUUUUAGGAGCAAAGGAGGCGCCGCGCUGGCUCAACAGCAGCUCCUUGAGUACCUGGUAAUGCAUUGAUGCUUCCUGGCAUUUUAAGUACCUGCCAGGUGUCGGAAAAAAAGUGACAGCUGUCACGGUUGCGUCAAGCUUUCAGCAGAAGCUGAAAUGGACUCCCGCCCACCCUCAAGCCAGGGGGUUGCGGUGGGAUCUUUAGAGCCAAAGUCCGCUAGGGUACUUUGCAGCAUAGGCGGGGAGAUCCUAUGGAAUAUCCACAAGGGAUGCUACAUCUACUCAGGGGGCGACACUCGCAUCUGGACGCUUGAGCGCGACAUCAGCUUCCGUGAGCUCAUGGCAAAGUUGAGCGCUUAUUACCACACGGUGUCGUUUGUAAAGUACCAGCUACCAGACUUGGACCUUGACACAUUGGUUUCGGUGUCGGGAGACGAAGACGUGGAUAUGAUGAUGGACGAGUACGAAUUGGCGGAAGGGCGGGGAAGGCGGUUGCGGUUGUUUCUGUUUCCUGUGGACGAGGGAAACUGGUGGUGGGAAAGGAAAAGAGGAGCUGGGUCGCGGGAUGUAUCGCCGCGGGGAAUGAUAUCGCGACCGGUGUCUCCUCUAGAAGCCCUCCUUACCCCCCGUUCCGGAAGCUCCGCCAGCCCCCAUCUUCUAUCCUCAAAGAGCCUCUCGGACCUCCACGUGGGCCAUCACCUAUCCACCACGAGGCAUACCCUAUCCCCACCUCGGAACCAUUCCGGCCGCCCCCCCCCUUCCAAGUCCCCCAUUUCCUCCCCCCGCCACGUGGACUGGAGACGUUCUCACGGACUGUCCCCCCCAAAAGUGAAAAGCAUCAGGGUGACCCCUCGGCGCUGCAGCAAUUCCUCGCCGGAGAUUCUGGCAGACUGGACUAUGCUGAAUGCACUACCCCCCCAGAAAUUCGAGGAUCGCUCGGCGACGACGUCCCCCGGGUUGAUUGACUGGAACCUUUCCCCCCGGCCUGCGAACGGGCACUCUGGGUCAGCGGCACUUUCCCCGAGGCCCCCCCGCAUUCACACAGGGCGAAUGUGA